AUAUGGUUCAGGGGCUGGAAUCUGUCCGCCGCUUCGUUCUGUACAACGACACACUUUCGGGCAGGAGCUGACGAGGAAAGGGGUACCUUCAAAUUGCGAAAGCGAUGACCUCAGCGGUGCAUGCAUGGCUCAAGGCGCUCAGACGUCGCUUGGGCUGCGAGCGCCGUGACGGCAUCCGCAGAGGUAGAUGCACCGCCACAAGACUACUGGCUGACGUAAUGAAUGUGACGGGCCGCUGUGUGUUCGCUCUUGGUCAAUCAAGGUGGAGCGGUGGUACGUGGGGAGCAGGAGCAUAGCCCUCCGAGGGCGGACCUUCAGGAAGCACUCGAUAGCAUCGAAUCGGUGAGUGAUGCCAUCGACCGAAAUGCAAAUAUCCGCCUUUGCAUGACUCACGUGUGUGUGUGAGUGUGUGUGUGUGUGUGGCUUGUGUGUCAGGGUGUCGCUAGAGCAGGGCAGGCGAAGCAGAUCAUUGCAGACGCCAUCCGUGCAGAGGUCAGCAGCGAGAUGACAGUCCAGAAAAGCUCAGCUAGGCAUGCGAGUGUUUCUGUCUGUGUCACCUGCAGGACGUAUUGUUGCCGGCUGACCGCCUGUCGGUGCUGCAGGGCCAUGUCAGGGACGCCCAGACAUCACUCAAUACCGCUGUAGAUCAGCUGGCCACACUGCCACACACAGACACUCGUCUCACACAGGUAGGGUGGGGAUGCGAUGCAUGGGAUCUAUAGCUGGCCAGUCAAUCGACCUACCAACAGAGCAUCUCUGGUUGUGUUGUGUGUCUGUCUGUGUCAGCCUUCUGAUGGUGACGGCAAGACAUUCCGGUGCAUCCAUUACGCGAGUAGCGUUACAGUGAGCUCAGAUGGGAUCUCCACACCGGCACACCAGACGACAGGAGCCGCCCGCGCGUUGACCAGUUCACGGUGGCUGGCCUGCCUGCCCUUUUGUCGCAAGCGGGCACGUGUGGCGAAGAGCCCGUCCGCUGCUGCCAAUGGAAUUGGUACGCAGAACAGACGCACGAGACGAUCGUGAUGGUGGUGUUCUGUGUAUGGUGUGGUGCAGGUCUUUUCGUGGGUGCAGCUGGCGUUGUUGAGGAGAGUGAUAGUGCCCAGUCAAACGUGCGUGACGCGACGCACACGAGAAGUGACCAUACCGAUUGCGUACUUCUGCCAUUCCCUCGUCGUUGGGUGUCAGGAUUACGGCCGUCCCUGUCUGGCUGGGCUUCCCCCGGGCGUCAUGGUCACAUGGGGUCUUUCCUGGCCACCAGACGCGCCGCCCGUCUGACCCGUGUCAACCAGGAGACCCGCCAGAAGGCCACCGACAGGACAUUCGGCGUCUUCAGGCACUUUGCGAUGACGGACGACGAGUGCGGGACCUACGGCAAGAUCCAGAAACUGCAUCAAGUCAAGCACCUGGUGAGUGGCGGGGAGACGGUGGGGAUGCUGUAUGUAUUAGUCUGCUGUGUGUGUGGCUGCAGGGCAUGAUCCAGACGGCCUAUGUGCAGUUCUCCAGUGUGGUGCCGUCUGUGGCCGAGUGGCUCGAGGCGUCAAGGGCGACACUCACGCGCCUGCAUGUUGCCUCAGGGCACUACGACAAUUGCUACACCACCGGCGACGACCGGGGGCCAGGUCUGCCUCUGGUCUUCCCGAGGCUGACAUUCAUGAGGAUCGAACCAAUCGAGGGAAAGUGGCUGCACCACAUGAGGUGGGUAAGGUGAGACGGGUCACCAGAUGUCACCAUUUCAGCUGUGUUGUGUGUGUCCCACAGCGCACGUCGGUGGAGGUUUUCCGCCCUGAGGACUCUUCAAGUCAGUGGCGACUCCUGCGGCUCAAUUGGAGACGAUGAGCAUAAUGCAAAGAAACAGGAAGCCCUUGUGAGAGUGCUUGAGGCGUCACCCAGCAUCGAGGAGCUGCAGUGCGACAGAGGCAGCCGCCCAUACAUCUGUGAUGAAGGCACGGCGUUUGGCGACGCCCAGUGGGCCGACUUCAUUGCCGCCCUCGGCCGCUGCCCGCACAUCAGGACCAUCGACGGCCUGGUGAUCAGCAUGGACGGCCAGCUGGGCCGCCUGGCUGAUCUCAAGAACGGCCUCAGCCAACACUGGGGCAAACCAGAGACCAGAGGUAAAGGCGCCACACACACACACACACACACGCACAAGGGGUCCCGCAAUUGUCCAACCGGUUGAUUGCUGUGCAGGUGCGCGCAAGCAGCUGAGAUUCCUGGUACGUCGUCCAUCGAUCGGUCCCGAAUUCGGGCGGCAGGGGGUGGAUAUCGGCCAGUGGGCGGCGGAGGUCAAUUGUGAGGUCACGUGGGCGCCAGCCGGCGUCUUGGGGAGGGAGCUGACCAUCGACUGUGGCAGUGAUGCUGGGAGGGCCCACCCCGCCCCCGUCCCUGGCAGCAUGUACGGCCAGAUGGCGACACAGCUGGCGGCCAAGGCCACUACCGUCCGUUUGAAGCUCGGUGGGACAGCGCUGCAUUCCUCUUGGCGUGGCAAGCUCAUCUUGCCCAAAGCCACCGACCUCACCAUUGAGAUCACCGAGGGUGCUAGCGCCUCAGACGUGAUGAAUAGCAUUCCCGACUGGCUGAUCGACACAGAGGGGGACGAUCCAGCGGAGGGAUGGGCGAGCCCAUUCUCGUCUGUCGAUGACGUAGACUUGCAUUUUGGCACCACUCUGUCUGUAGCUGACCUGCCUGCUGCCCCCAGCAAGCUCAGCCUUCUCAUGGGGGGCCUGACCGACUUAGAGCUGGUGACUUUCAUUUCUGUGUCCAGCCUGGCCACUGCCUGUGAGCUGCUGUCUUACCUGUCUGUGCGGGAGCUGACGGAAUGUCGCAUCGCGGCGGAUGAUGUGUCAAGUGAGUGGACUGACGUCGUGCCGGCUGCGUGGGGCCUCCGGUGCCCACACAUAGAGGAAAUAAGGGGUUACACGCUGCCUAGCAAAAAUCACGCGCUGUCGUUUGUGGAGGCUGUCGACACACUCCGACCAGCCAAAGUGUCCUUUGUGCUGGGGUGGGGUGGGGUCAUGCAUGACCUCCGUGACUUUGCGUGUGAGUGCUAUGAGCAGUUGAGCGAAGACUACACCAUCACAAAGGUGGACUCAGAUUGGGACGAAAAUCUGCCGUCUCUCGAUGUAGAGCUGGAGGCGAAAUGAAUAAUGAGACAAGCAGGCAGAGAGAGGCAGGGGAGUCUGUCUGUCUGUGGAGUGAGUGACGGAUGUUAGUUAUGCGUAGAGUAGCGGGCGGAAUGUGGGAUGAUGGGGAGUAGACAGCGUUUAUUCGAUGAUAAUCAAUCGGUGUGGACGGACUGACUGCAGCUGACCAGGUGAAAGGAAUUGAAG